CGUAAGAGUGCACAGCAAUUCAGUCGAAUCGCUGAUACUGAGUGUCGUAUUUCUAGGUCACUGAAAACUGAAUAACUCGUGCAAUGACGUGAGGUCGGCGUGUCUUUGCACGUCCUUAAAAGUGUCACUUGAAAAUUUGGGAUUGGGAACUCCACGUCCAAGAUUAUAAAAUAAUAUUUAUUGCUGAAGCGCGACUGAAAUAGGGUUUUCUUCGCUUCCUCGAAACUAACUAGAAGUAUUGCCCAUCAUGCAGGCGUGUGCGUUGGUGAUGAUGGUGGUGAGUUGGUCGCUGUCGGGCGCAUCGACAGACUUUGGACAAAAAGUCAUCGCUGAUGUCCAGCCGAGCGCCAAGCCGGAGCUGCCUAUCGAGUUCAUUAAAUUUGAAAAUUUCAGCAAAAGUUUGAAGUCAAGACCAUACUCGACUCGGUAUAAGAGCAGAGAGUCCAACGGUUUAGACUCACUCUCCCAACUGACAUAUGACGAAGGUCCAUUGACUUCCAUCGUCGCUCCUCCUGUUAAUUUCAAACCCCAGAUACAUGAAGACGACAUCGAAAUGUUGAGUGAUUCCGAUCAUCAGGCAUCGGAAGACCAAACUCAAGUUGAUAUUGAAAGAAAUUCGUGGCCUCCUUCUCUGGAAAGAUCAGAUUCAGUCAUAAAUAACGACGAUUCUGGGCCUCACAAGAGACGGGUAAGUUCUCAAGCAUUCCGUCAACGAAUGAGGGAACGUUUGCGUCAACGCCAGCAGAAACAGGCUGGGCAAUCCAACGACGGAGCUGUGGAUGCAUCCGCGCCAACAAAGCCUGCUGCUGCAAUGCGGUCGCGAGGGAGAGGUUCAUCCACUACCUCCGCCAAAGAAGAUGAGCAGGCUGGUGAGCAGCAAGAAAAAUUACAGCCUUACCAGCGGUUGCGAUCAGAUAGCCAGCGUAGAGGAAACGGGACAUUUUACGCUAAACACAGAGGUAAAGAACGGUCCCCAAGCUCCACGACGCAUUCUAGAGGAUUGAGACUCAGAUCAAGGAUGACUACCAGCUCAACAACACCAAGUAAUUUUCUUGAAGCAACUCAAAUACCAAUCAGUAUCAGCACAACUUUAUCGACACUGGAAUUCAACACUGAACCGGUGGAAAUUAUUAAGGCAUCUCCAAUAGAUUCCUUGACAAUGAAACUUAAAGGUCCAGUCGAUGAAUUUGUCCCUGCAUCAGGUCCAGUGAAAUUCGAAGACAUUUUUUCAGAAUUCCAAUCGAAAAUUCGCGAGGGGCGAAUCACGAGAAGACCGCAAACUUCUUCCCAGCGGAAUCAAGUGAUAGCGCCGGAAGUUCCUAUAGUAACUGUAGCAAUUCCGACUAAAGUUUCAAGUAAUCAAAACGUGAACAGUCUCACUGUAACAAAUCACCCAACCAUUCCUCAACCCACAGUUAGCAAAGUUUCUACCUCAACUUCAAAAACAAACAUACAUCCUGCGUCACGCUUACGCAAUACCGCUUUAUCAGUCGGGCCAAGUUUUCCAGCCUCUGGAGACACGCGCCAGCCGCUUCGGUAUCCAAAAACGGUAUCUAACUUCAUUAUGAAACUCAGCCCUCAUGAAAUCAUACUAAAUCAAGAAGAUUACGAUAGAAACGAGUGUGGCACGAUCGACAAAGAUUCUGAUUGCGGUCCGAAUUAUGGAGCAGUGAAGACUCACAUCCUGGAGUCAACGAGGGACAUAAUCAAGCAGAACGAAAAUGGAUCCAAAGAAAAAGUGCAACUGCAGCCGUUCAGGGAAGUAACAACAAGUCUGUUCACCAGAAGCACAACUCCUCCGCCUGCAGAUUCAGGACAUUCGCGAGGAAAUAUUCGAGCCUCAGAAAGUCUCUACAGGAACGACGUAAGCAGCGCCAGCGCUGCCACAGGCUGGCACAAACGAAGACCUGCCGUGGAGCAAAGCGGGGAAUCAUCGGGCGUCAAUGGAGAAAAGUUAAAGUCACCCACACCCAGCAUUGAUUUCCACGCUUCCAGUAGCCAUCGACCCGCAAUAUUUUCAACCUUCGAUCAUUUCCUGAAAAUGCACGGAGUGACCGAAAGUACAUUCAAUGCUCAGACAUCACAAAGUGAUAAAUCUUUUCCGACUGCUGUAUCAUUCCAAAACUCGUACAUGGGAGACGUAGGACACUUGUUGCUACCAGAAAAAAAUUCAGAACCUUUUAACCCACUUUCCCUGAAUGAUCAUCCAAAUUCUAUAAGGUCCAGCAAGAGUGCUAUAGCUCUUGCUGAUCUGACCCACAAUAAACUUGGGGCUGAUUACAAAAUUCACGAUCAUGAUUUGUUUUUCCGAACCCCUGCUUCUCUUGCCAAGACGACGACGACCUUUGCUCCUCCUGCAACUGUGCCUCGGGUAAAAUCUCAAAGUCCCAAGAACACUAGAGUUUCAGAUUUACCUUUUGACUACAGUCCACAGUAUAAUAACGAUAUCGGAAAUCCUUUCAUCCAGCAGUAUUCUCACAGUGACCAAACUAGUAUUAAUAGUCAUCCAAAUUCUUUGAGUCUCACAAAGACGGAGAAUUUUAUACAAGAACCCAGUCUCCCCAAAGCCACCCCGUUACGAACAGCAACCCUUUCAGCAGAAUCAUUCCAACAGACUAAACACCGUCAAUAUCCAGUAGGAGGAAGAGAAGACCUUCAUCAUCAAGUAUCUCAUAGCCCCGUUGAACCUGCAUUCAUCACGCAUCAGAAAAAAGUCCAAACAGCUUCGUUCCCAGAGCCAAACAUGGUACUUCGUUCACAGGCCGGCAACUCGAAACAAAUACCGAACACACGCACCCACUUCAAAGCUGUUCUCGUGGAAGACGGAAAAGACGAUACUAUAACCUUCAAUCAUCCCACAAAUUUUCACAAAUAUUCUAACGUAUUCCACAGAGAUCCUUUCAAUGGAAACAGACAUCAAGAUAUUACGAACAGUAUUAUACAUGUGAAACCUUCCAAUGCGAGGCCGGCUCGUCUCAGACCUCUUCCUCGGAAUCCUCGUGCAAGUGUUGGUCGGCUUCCACGAGGUCCAAAUACUCAAGAUAAUUUCAGAAUACCGCGACCUAGAAAUCAAGGCAAUAUUCGACUCAAUGGUUUCAUGAUGCCUCCUCCCAAAAGAACAAAAUCAAGGUCCAAUUUAAAGCCUCGACCAAUUGCCAACAACCGAAAUAAAAUAAACAGAAUACCAGAUAAUUUUGAUCAUCAAGAAUCAAGAGACAGUAACGUCAUCAUUCCUCCUCCUCAUCGGUCCCCAUUUAUUAGGACCAGUCAGCUUAAUGCAGGAGGUCAUAAGUUGAGAGAAAAAAUAAAAUUCACACAGAAUACCAUGCGGCCUUCAGGAGCACCUUUGUCCCCAAAUUAUAGUGUGAUACUUCCGCAAAAUCAUCAGCCACGAUACCCUCAACAACGACAUGAACUUACAUUGAAUUCAAGGCUACCAACAACGUCUCCUCCCGCUCGUUUGCAGCUUCCAUCUAGCCUAUCAGUUCCUGGACGGAACGCACGACACAGCCCCUUCAAAACACAUACUAAUUUUAAUCUAAAUCAUCCACAAACUGCCCCGAGUCAAAAAAUACAAGCUCACGUACACAAGAACUCUAACUACCACUCACAUCACAAUAGUCAAACCUAUCCUCCUACCAUCAAACCAAAUUUUACUGUAUAUAAGAAUACUUUUGGUCCAAAGUCGUUUACUGAGCCAAAAUCAUUGCCAAAACCAUUUGACGAAUCAACGCGGCAACACAAUUCUUUUUUCCACCGACAACCUACGGCUUCAAGCUCCCAUGUGUACAACGUCCGAGAAGACUUGGAGCCCAAGACCCACAAUGACAUAUCAUUAGAAGCGAUCUCCCAACCUCUUCCUCACCAAAUGCUCCUCAAAACCUCGCACAGCAAAAUGGCUGAAAGCCAUGUAUCUCUGCUGAAAAACUUGCAGUUUGGGAUCAACGGAGAACCGCUUGAUGUAUGGAUCCCAAUGAAAUCUGAUCGAACUCUGAAGUUGGUUGGGCGGGGACAGACUCCACUGCUGGGCAGGGCUUCAUUGGAACCCAGCAACACGGUACCCAUCCGAGUAAGACAUAACCUAGUGGCCCGGAGUGCAGCCGAGGAAGAUGUCAUGCAGACCGGCGAGUCGAUGAGUGUUCCUGCGUACGCCGUGAAGGAUGUACUGGACGGAGAUAAAGACUUCGAUUACAAUGACUACGACGAGGUUUUGGACAGGCAAGAAGAACCACAAGCGGCGUCAUCGACUGAAGAAGAAGUCGUCGACCCAAAGCCGGUCGAAGAGAGUGAAGACUACGCUGAUGACGAAGUAGAGCCUCGUGGUGACCAAGACAACGUGGUGCAAGAAGAUGAGCUGGAAGAUGACGAAGCUGAUGUCUUGCACGAAGACGAUGAUGAAUAGAAAAAUUAUCACUAUUUGCGAAUAAUAUUGUACAGUUCUUUUGAUUUCUUAAAAGAAAUUAGUGCUCUUGGAAGGAUUUCCUUGGAUGUAAUUUAUGAGAAUUGGCCAUUGAUUUACUCGAAAAAGAAGUCUAAAUUGCAGAAAAAAUUCAUCAUGAAUCAUAUUCCUCAAUGCAAUAAGGUCGCCUGUUAUAUCAAAUUCUUUGUUGUUUGCACGCUUCUGCAUUCAAUAUUCAUAUAUAAAAUGCUGAAUAAUUGUUAGAGAUAAUAAUAUAAAACUUAAACCCUUAAAUACCUACGUCGUAAAAGACAUGAGGCUUCUUCAGCGUACACUUGAAGCUCCAGUUUCCUGUAUAUAUUUAGACUAGAGUGCUACAGUGUAAAUAAAUGAAGGCUGGAGUUCCAGAGGGCUAGAUCUAUUCAAUAAAAUUUUGUGAUAAUUAGUUUACUCUUCACAUGAACUGUUACAAGUACGUGGAAGGCAAGAGUUAAAUAUUUUAGCCAUUUUCAAGCUUUCCGAAUCGUGGUCCAAUUUUUAUUCUCAUUUAUUUAACGCAGAAAGAAUUUAUUAAACUAAUCUUACCUAAUGCUCCUUCCCUAUCAAUGACAGAUCAAUUAUAAGGAUUACUAAUAGGUACGAAUUCCAUCUGUCGAAGAAAAUAGGUGUUGAAAUGUUAAUAUUUUUGCAAUGCUAUCAAUCCUGGCGAGACAAUGACGGUUGUUAUUACAGGCAAUCGUUCAAUAUAAUUUUAUAAAAAAUAAAGUUGCAUUACUCCCCGCAAUUCAAAGUCACAAUAAGUUCUUAGGACUUCAUGAAUAUAGAGUAGCAUCACUACAACUCUCCCAAGAGUCGCUCGAGACCGUAAUAUUCUCAUUUACAAAGCAAAGUAGCAUUACUAAUCCUGCUGAAUAUUUGCAUAUGAUUGUAUAUUUUCCAGAUGGUCGCCAGAUUUUGUG